UCAUUUAUAAGUGAUCUGUCAUCUCCUGGAGCAACAGGCGUGGACCGAGGCGCUCGACUCUCCAACCUCAUCUCCAACUUCUCCACAGUCCUACGGGAGCUUUAAUCAUGGCCACAAACGACCAAGAAAAAACAAACGAAAACACAGAUAAACACCUAUAUGAGACUCCAUAUGACGCCGUAGCGCCCGACCCACAGCCGAUAUAUGAGAAUCAAACUGCGAUAGAGGAGUGCGCCGCGCAAUCGACCUCUCCAGAAUACAUGGAUACGAGAGAAGACACUCAAGAAAAAGAAAGACAACCUUCACCAUCCGAUGAACAAGAUGAGAAAGUUGAAGAGCACAUGGAUGAGAAAGUUGAAGAGCACACAGAUGAGGUAGAGGCUUCUUUAUUCAAUGGGGAUGAAAACGAGUCCAGGCGGUUAUUUUCUUCAGAGGACACUUGUGACCCAUACGAAGACAAACCUUCAUUGGUCACAGAUGAUCUUCUAAUGGCAUACAGUCUCCAGGAGGAGGACGUAUCUUCAGAACCUGAGGAGAUAGUUGACUACAGCCUGAAAACCAUUGAGGACAACCCUGUGGAGGAGGAGGCCACGACAGUCUCAGACCCUAACCAGCCAGAGGUUGCGCUUUAUGUCAAGGCUGGUUGUGAUGGAGAGAGCAUUGGGAACUGUCCUUUCUCUCAGCGUAUCUUCAUGAUCCUUUGGCUCAAAGGUGUGGUCUUCAAUGUCACCACGGUUGACCUGAAGAGGAAACCAGCCGAUUUGCAUAAUCUGGCCCCAGGCACACAUCCGCCAUUCCUGACCUACAACGGUGAGGUGAAGACAGACAUUAACAAGAUCGAAGAGUUCCUGGAGGAGGUUUUGGCUCCGCCGAAGUACCCCAAACUUGCAGCCAGACACAGGGAGUCAAACACAGCUGGGAAUGACAUAUUUGCAAAGUUCUCGGCUUUCAUAAAAAAUACAAAGCCAGAUGCCAAUAUAGCUCUGGAGAAGGCUCUGACAAAGGCCCUGAAGAAGCUGGAUGAAUAUCUGAACAGUCCUCUGCCUGAUGAGAUCGAUGCCGACAGCACAGAAGAAGAGGAGCAAAGCUCCAGCCGCAGGUUCCUGGAUGGCAACGAACUCACGCUGGCAGAUUGCAACCUGCUGCCGAAACUGCACAUAGUGAAGGUCGUUGCCAAGAAAUAUCGGAACUACGACAUCCCUAGCGAUUUGACCGGUGUGUGGCGCUACUUGAACAGCGCGUACGCACAGGAGGAGUUCACCAACACGUGUGCGGCUGACAGUGAGAUCGAAUUGGCAUAUAAAGAUGUGGCAAAGAGGCUGGCCAAAUAAAUAAACGAACAGCAAAACACAAUCUGACCUCUGGUAUGGUUAGCCGACAAGACUCUGUUUGCCAUAUAAUUCAAAACGAAUAAGUUAUUACAUCAUUCAUCCACGGCCCUGAUCAGUCACUGGUGCUUUUAUCUGGUAUUGAAAGGCCACGUCGUAAGUCUUGAUUGUCCAGUGACUUGGAUGUGAAUCUAAAAUACCAAUCUAGACUGUCAAUAUUUUCCCAAGUGUCUCGAUUUAAAGAGGCGCACUUCAUAUUUUUCCCAUUUGUUCCAAAUAUAUAUUCCUGUUUUAUUCCCAUUCUCCUAUUAUUACAUCAUUUGUGUAAUUGUUUUUUAUCAGUCAUACAUUGAACAUGCUUAGCUUUGGUCUUCCCUUAAAAUCUAGCUUUCGCUGCUCAGUCUGACAGUUUAUUUGCGUUCAGUUGCAUCUAUUAUUUUUUGUGUGUAAUAAAUGAAGAGAUCAAAUCUGAGCAGCAGGAACAAAAAAAUAAAAGUCAUUAUUUACACCCUC